AUGACGGAAACACUCGUGUUGAGACGUAACCGACCCGGAACGAAAAAGAAGGAAUUAUUUGUCUGGGAGAAGAAUGAAUCAUCAUCAUCAUCAACAACAACAUCGGGUGUAUUGAUCCCAUCUUCUCCAAGUAAAUCUAGUAGUAGUAGCGAUAAAACAGAAAAUGAGGAUACCAAUGAUGAUUUUGAUAAUCCAUUGGUGGUACAAGAAAUUAUUCAAAAACAAAUCAGAAAGAGCAGUAAAAAGGUGAAGAGAAUUAUAUCCAUUCCGAAAGUUGGUGGAAAGGGUGAGGAGGGUGAUGGAGAUGAAAACACAUCGAGCUCAGGAGAACCUGCUGUGGAUAAGGACGUUUGGAUUUAUGAACACAUGAGACAAUUCAUGUUGGAGAUCAAUUUGUUCAUUCUCGCCCACAAGGAUGUCUGUACAAAAGAAACACAACCCGAAAUGAAAAUAUCAUCGAGCAUGCUGAACAAUCCGAACAGCAAUGAAGAACUCAUGUAUUUAUGUCCUGUUUUUUCUCCACCAGAAUCUGUUCCAGCCAUUGAUUAUAUGGUCCACAUUCAUACACAAUCAACAAGUGUUUUGAAUGAUCCCAAAUUAUUUCCAUCAAGAACAAGCAUCUCUAAGAAGGCCAUGAAAGAAAUCAAGACACUUUGUCGAAGAGUUUAUAGAAUUUUUGCCUUCUCAUUCUAUGUACAUCCAGAAGAAUUCAUUGCAUUUGAAAAGAAGACCCAUCUUGCAGAGCGUUUUCAGCGAUUCCUUAAAAAGUAUGACAUGAUGAGCUCCAAGGACUUCCUUAUUCCUGAUGAUGCUUUCAAAGCUUGA